AUGAGACAUAAAAGAGGUCCCUCUGAGAAGACAACGCAAGCGAAGAAAGCAAGACUAAGAGAAUCCUCCGGAUCAAGACCUCCAGCACCUCUGCAUGAGCCUUCUAGUAAGUCUGUCUCUCUUGCUCCCUCUGCACUAACACAAUCAAUUGCUUCUUAUAUCCCUCAACCAACACCCAUAUACACUCAAUCUGAAACCCCUUCCUCAACCACCAGAACAUCUCAUCCACCCUCCCAGAAAUUCAACCUUGCCACCACCACCCUACCCUUAUCUGAAGCUGAAAGACUAAACGAAACCACCUCUUCAUCUUCUUCUCCAGAAUCACCCCCCUACUUCACCAUCUCAUCUGACACAAAACCUUCUGACCCCUCUUAUCCCACUCUAGCCCAACUUCAGAACCAGACUCUGGUCUCACCACAGCCACAACAAUCUCCACCUCAACCUGAAGCCACCUCACCACCCGCAGAACAACCAAACCCAACACCAUCUGACCCUUAA